AUUCUCAGCCUGCUACAUGAGUGUCUAACCAGCUCAGUAGCUGAAGCCUGAGCCCUCAGCAGUGGUCCCUUUCACUCCUUCUUGGGAAUUGAACUCUUUUUUAACUGAACAUCAAAGCCACAAUUCAAAUAAAAACAGUACUUUUGAAAUGUGCAAAUAAGAGAAAAAUUGCAACAUGUUAGGAAAAUGAUAAGCUAUAGCCCAAAGUGCGGAAGAAAAUAAGAGUUUUGCAGCUCCAUUAAAGGAUUCCCAGUGACUGCACUGUAAGAGAACACAGGUUUACGUUAGGAAAGCAGAACAAAAAUGGCUGACAAAGUGAAUGAACUAAAGUAUUUCUAUGGGAAUAUCACCCGCGAAGAUGCAGAAGAUUACCUCCGGAAGAGUGGGAUGACCGAUGGGCUCUAUUUGCUUCGACAGAGCCGAAACUAUCUUGGAGGCUUUGCAUUAUCGGUCGCCUAUAACAGGGAAGUUUAUCAUUACACAAUAGAGCGGGAAAUGAAUGGCACCUUCAUCAUAGCUGGAGGAAAAUCCCAUGACAGCCCUGUGGAAGUCUGUGAGUAUCACUCCCAGGAAUCAGAUGGACUUGUCUGCUUACUCAGAAAGCCUUGUAACAGACCCAAAGGAGUAGAGCCAAAGACAGGACCCUUUGAGGAUCUGAAGGAGCACAUGAUACGUGAAUACGUAAAACAGACCUGGAGGCUGCACGGUGACGCCCUUGAACAUGCCAUUAUCAGUCAGAAGCCUCAGCUGGAGAAGUUAAUUGCCACCACAGCACAUGAGAAGAUGCCUUGGUUUCAUGGUGAUAUCUCCAGAGAUGAAUCAGAGUCCCGGCUUCUCCAAGGACAGAGGAUCAAUGGCAAAUUCCUACUGCGGCAGAGGGACUCCAAUGGAUCUUUUGCACUUGGUCUAAUACAUGAAGGAAAGGUCUUGCACUAUCGGAUUGACAAGGACAAAACUGGCAAGCUCUCUAUUCCAGAUGGGAAGAAGUUUGACACACUUUGGCAGCUGGUGGAGCACUAUUCAUACAAGCCUGAUGGACUGCUAAGAGUUUUGACUGAGGCUUGUCCUCGGCCUGACCUGGAAAUGGGUUCCUUCGAUAUUGUGAGGCCCCCAGUUCCUUCACAUCACCCAAGGAGUGGAGCGACAGGUGGAAUAAUCUCCAGAUUCAAAUCCUUCACCUUUCCAAAGCCUGGCAUCAAAAAGACACAGGCGGAUAUUGGUAGUCGUUCAAGAAGUACUGCAAAACUGAAUCCAUAUGAAAGGCCAGAAAAGACACGAAACAAAAAUGUCUCCCCAGAGGCCAUGCCCAUGGAAACUGAAGUUUAUGAAAGCCCAUAUGCUGACCCGGAGGAAAUGAAGCCAAAGACGGUGCAUUUGGACAGAGAGCAACUUAUUCUGGAAAAGGGUGAACUUGGCUCAGGCAACUUUGGUACUGUGAGGAAAGGAAUCUACUGCAUGACCAAAUCUAAAAAACCUGUAGCUGUGAAAAUACUGAAAAAUGAAGACAACGACCCUGCUGUGAAAGAAGAGAUGUUAAGAGAAGCUAAUGUCAUGCAGCAGCUGGAUAAUCCAUAUAUUGUACGAAUGAUUGGAAUCUGUGAGGCAGAGAACUUGAUGCUGGUUAUGGAGCUUGCUGAAUUAGGACCCCUCCACAAAUUCUUACAAAAAAACAUGCAAAUUACAACCAAAAAUAUCACAGAACUGGUGCAUCAGGUGUCAUUAGGUAUGAAAUACUUAGAAGAAAACAACUUUGUCCAUAGAGAUCUGGCAGCCCGAAAUGUCCUGCUUGUUACCCAACAUUACGCAAAAAUCAGUGACUUUGGGCUUUCAAAAGCCUUAACUGUUGAAGAGAACUACUAUAAAGCCAAGGGCCAUGGGAAAUGGCCAGUGAAGUGGUACGCUCCAGAAUGUCUAAACUACUUCCGGUUUUCUAGUAAGAGUGAUGUGUGGAGCUUUGGCGUCCUCAUGUGGGAAGCAUUUUCAUUUGGACAGAAGCCUUACAAAGGAAUGAAAGGAAAUGAAGUCAUACAAAUGAUUGAGCGUGGAGAGCGAAUGGAAGCACCACAUGCCUGCCCACCAGAAAUGUAUGAAUUAAUGCGACUCUGCUGGACCUACAACAGUGAACAAAGGCCUGGAUUUACUCCGGUUGAGCUCAAAUUGAGGGGAUUCUACUACGACAUCUGAGACGGAACUCGCUAUGUGGAGUCGGUGCGCCCACCAUGCUAUCUCAUAUAAAAAAAAAGGGAAAAGAGAGAGAAGAGAGAGCAGCUUCAACAGUUUCCUAGAACUUGAAUCCACUUGUGCUUCUGAUUUAAUGUCAUGUAUCCAAGCUUAUCUGCCGGCUUGUGUGUCACUGUGUCCUCUUGAAUAAGUAAAUAAAUGAAGAAUGUCCUCUGGAAGAUCCUUGUAAAUAAAGCCAAUAUUUUAAUUUGA